AUGGGUGGUUCAUUUUUACUCACCUGGACUUCAGCAAAUGUCUCCUUCGACGCAAAGGCCUUAUUGAAUCGUUAUUUCCUCAUGCAGAUUCAUGCUCUCUUUUUUUCUAUAGUGGCCACAUUUGGAGCCAGCUUAGGUACAAUUGACCUUCUGAAUGGUUUGGAUAAAUCACACCCAGCCUGCUCUCUCACUCUACCACUCUUUACUCCGAAUUCCACGAAUUCCAGCGCGGAAUCGGUUGGUGUCUGUGAUUUACUAGUAUGCGCGUUCAUAAUCGGUGAAAAGAAGCCACCAUCUCUCUCUCUGGCUCGCCAGGGCCUCGGCGUGAAUUGGCAUUAA